GUGGACGCGGGCAGUGUGAGCAACGUUUGACGCGGGCUCGUAUUUUGAACUGUGUUUUGAACUUCCCCGCACUCAAGUUGCUGAAGUUUUGAAGUUUUUGUUCAAUGUCUGCUUGAACGGACUAAAGCGACGGAUUCCAGAACCAGAAUGAACGGGGAUGUUGAAGCCGAUCUCAUGACUUGCAAGGAUUUAUCCGCUCACAGAGACGCCCUGCGCCACAGAGUCCAGACACAGUUCCGCCGACGCUGCGUUGAACGUUCAAGGGAGUUUGAAAGUUACCAAAGUCUGGCGCGGGAUGUGCAGAAGAAGAAGGAGGAGAUCGAACAGAUGCAGCAAGCUGUGGUGGAAGAACAGCGUCACGUCCAGCAGCUUGAAGCACAGAACCGGUCGAGUAGGAAGAAACUGCAGGCGCUGUCCGAUGCAUGUGCCAAGAAGCAAGUAUUGCUGCAGAGUCACACUGAUGUGGUCCAGUUGGGGACACCGCUGGCGGAGCGCCCCAAGCAACACCAGGAAACGGUGAACCUCUUUGCCACCUGGAUGGGGCUCGAGCUGAUACCCGAGCCGACGAAAGACAAGUCAAAGGGAUGGCCGUACCGGGCCUUCCUGUCGCUCUUGGACCCCUGUCAGCCAGAGAGGAAGUGCAGUUUCCUGUUAAACGUCGCCAGCGACGGGCGCUACCAGGUCUCGGACUGCAACCCCGCGGUGACAGACCUGGAGCGACUAGUUCUGGAGCUGAAUCGAGCGGACGACUUGAGCAAGUUCUUCCGUGAAAUGCGGGCCAGGUUCAAGGCCAUCCUCAACCCCACCUCGGCAUAGAGGAUGCAGAUCUCGCAGCAUUUGCGGCUCUAGCACUAUGGUCAUCAUUCAACGAAAGCAAACUUAAUUGCCAAGCUCUAAUUCACCCGUCGUUGACGUCGACAAUAAUUUACGAUGCCGAGAUGUCCAGAUCUAGACCUCAGUCAUAGUCUAGAUCGGGGGUCUCCAAACACUGGCAUGCAGGCCAGGUCUGGGCCGCGGAAGUCUUCUGACUGGCCCGUGGCUGACCGCAUUCUUUUCAAAGGCAAGGUUCCUUCCGCGAGAAAAUGUGCGCCUAAAAAAAUGGCUCCACGACGCACUUCAAAUACGCCAGAAAGAAUGAGAGACUGCAUCAACCCGGGGUUCUCUCGCCCCAGCUGGACAUCGUCAUUGCCAAUAUCGCCAUUCUGAGUCUCCGGCUUCAUCUUUUAAUCAUGUUCAAAUUCCUUUGCAUUCUUACGUACAUUGUGCCAGCCCUGGUCUUAUCAUUCUAAUAUCUUUUGCACUGCAGAAGUGUGCCAAAGUUUCCAUGCAUGCGCUUAGACUUAUUUGGCGAGUUUUCACCGUUCACAAUUGUUGCACGCUGUCGUAGCUAUAAAGUUUUCUGGUCUAGUUAAAAAAAAAACUG